UCAAAAGUAUAAAUCAUUUCACAUUCCUUAUAUUAAACAAAUGGCACAAUUUGAUUUAGAUUUUAUUUUAAUUCGAUUGUAUUUUUGUAGAUAGCCAGGGGCUCCAACACUCAGACAUAAUACAUAGUACAAGGUACCCCCAAAAACUACUUCAGUCGUAUUUUAAAGUAUUUUUACUACAUGUUCACCAUUGUGCACACCUGGGUAAAGUGACAAUGCAUUGAUAAUAAACAGCGAGUAGCAGCAGCGUAGAAAAAGUUUGGGGGUAGAAGCUGUUAAGGAGCCUUUUGGACCUAGACCUGGCACUCCGGUACCGCUUGCCGUGCGAAAGCAGAGAGAACAGUCUACGACUUGGGUGGCUGGAGUCUUUGGCAAUUGCCUCUGAUUAAGAGGUGUCUGCAUCACAUCCUACUGCAGCAAAAGGACAUCGGCUAGCUGGCCAAUGAAGUGGAUCUAUUACACGAACAAGGAUCCUUUCAGUAGGCUACAACAACAUGAGAAGUGAUGAUGAGCCUGGAGAAAUGAAACCACUCUCAACAGACUGAGCUAUGGCUGCAAGGUCUGAACCAUCAAAACAUUAUUCCCUGCAGCUCUCUGUCUCUGAAGAGGAGGUUCUCCCUGAGCAGCAGCACUGUGAGCAGGAGUGGAGCCCCAGUCUGGGGCAGGAGAACCCAGAACUUCCACAGAUUAAAGAGGAACAGGUGGAACUCAGGACCAGUCAGGAGGAAGAGCAGCUUCAAGGGCUGGAGGCUGAUAUCAUAGAGUUCAAAUUCAUUCCUUCCUGUGUGAAAAGUGAAUGUGAUCAGGAGGACCCACUUCAGUCCUUGACUCUUCCCCAAACCCAGAAUGUGGAGAACAGAGAGCGUGACCCUAAACAAGUGGAACUCACACCUUUUGUUACUGUGACCCACCUUAAGGGCCUCUACAUUCCCUGUGACCCUCAAGAUAAUCAAAACAAUCUACCCAGCCAAAGCUCAACCUUAAGCAGCGACCCAACGGCACUUGACAGCAGCCCAUCGUUGGAUCCCAACCCACCAUUGGAUUCCAGUCCGUCAUUGGAUUCCAGUCCGUCAUUGGAUCCAAACACCAGUCAAUGGUGGAACACUGUUUUCAAACCCAGCACCAUGUCUAGAAAAACUCACCGCUGCCAUGACUGUGGCGAAAUGUUUUGCAAUGAAAGCUGACCUGCAGAGGCAUGUGACUCUAUUUAAGAAGAGGCCCAGUGAAUGUCGCUUCUGCAAAAGAAACUACAACUCCACCUGUAAACUAAAGGCCCAUAUCCGACUCUGUCACAGUGGGAAACCCUACACCUGCCCUGUUUGUGGCAAGACCUUCAAACUCAAAGGGAAUCUGUCCAAGCACAUGAGGAUUCACACAGGAGUGGGAGA